CAAAACUGCGCCUUUAAGGGGACCCGGAAGUUGUUGUUAGAGCGGAUGUCGUAGCCCUCAAUGUGACUUACAGUCCGAAAACUGAUCAGAAAAGCUAGAAAUUUAGAGUCUACAAAAAUGUUUCUAACCUCAAUUAAUCUGGCCAAGGCAAAGUCAAAGACCAUCCUGGUGCAGAUGAUGAGUGCUGCAGGAACAGGUUACAGCUUCAACACUAAGAGGAACCGACUCAGAGAGAAACUGGUGCUGCGCAAACAUGACCCACUUGUGAAUAAACACGUCCUGUUUUUGGAGAAGAGGAAGGUCAGAUCCAUUUAACUCAGCCAUGGUCAACAAACUCGUUGGCUUCAAAACUAUUUUUGUUGAAGUGGACCACAGUCAACAUCUGUGAUGGGCCGCUUGGUGCACACCAGAAUUCUAUCUCAGCGCUGGACUAGAAGACUUGAGUUUGAUAGAGACAUUGGCUGAGUUUCAGCAAACUAUUUAUUGUCGCCACUUUCCAAAAAUAAGUCAUCAAACCAUAAAGAUUUUCAUUACAUUUAUUCAGAAAUGUGUCACUGAGUUUUACCAACAAAUGUUUUUUUCCCUGUGGUUGUAGGAAAAUAUUAUUGUGAAGUUCAAGUUGAACCAUGAGUUCAUUCAGUGACGUUCUGUAAGACAACUGAACACAGCCAGGCCCUUUCACUAUUUGUAAAUGAUGAUUGAGGUAAAUCAAUUAAAGUCAGUUGUUAUAAGAA